AGGCGUCCGCGGGGCCAGGCUGGGUAGUGCCAACAGUGGACGCCGCAGGUCCUCCACCUCCAAGUCGGCGAGACGCGGUUUCCCCUUUGUGAGCUGGUUUCUAAAGCCGGGAGGACGGUGGCAUCAUGGAGUAGACAGCUUUGGGAGCGAUGUCUUUGCAGGCUUGGAACAUCUUUGCCCUAGCAAGGGACUCAAGGGACUCUCCCCAAGCCCGAGCUGUCAUUUUCUUAUCAGAGAAGGCCCACUUCUAGUUCAAGGGACGCUGAUGGCUUUUGAGCAGACACUCAAAAAGGAUUGGUACAGCAUUCUGGGUGCAGACCCAUCUGCAAAUGUGUCAGACCUAAAACAAAAGUAUCAGAAACUCAUAUUACUGUAUCAUCCAGAUAAACAAAGUGCAGAUGUGCCAGCAGGAACCAUGGAGGAGUGUAUGCAGAAGUUCAUUGAAAUUGAUCAGGCAUGGAAAAUUCUAGGGAAUGAAGAAACCAAAAAAAAGUAUGAUCUGCAGCGCCAUGAAGAUGAGCUAAGAACUAUAGGGCCAGUGGACACACGGGUGCGCCUUGAAGACAUGUCCUGGAAUGAAGAUGAUGAGUCUUUUUCUCUGAGCUGUCGAUGUGGGGGAAAGUACACUGUCUACAAGGAUGAAGCAGAAGAAGUGAGCCUCAUUUCCUGUAAUACGUGCUCACUGAUGGUGGAACUCCUUCAUGAGAGCUGACUGCGCUCCUGGGAUCCUUUACCUGCAGUCAGCAUGGGCACAGAUGCUUUCUUGUGGUUAGCUGUAUAAUUUGCAAAGAUAAGAUCAGAUCUUCAAGCAAAGACCACUUCAGAGUAACAAAUUAAUUCAGUUGUUUAUAUGUACCUGAAAUGUAUAAUUACAGGAUAUCACAAAAAGGAUUAUAAUUAUAUUUUUUCAUUUUUUAUCUGACAACUUUUGCUUUCUCUGUGGUAAAUACGUAUUUUUUUAAAAUACAAAUUUCUUUUAAAAAAUCAGUUAAGAGCAUUCUUUAUAAUUACUAAGAGUUUUGUUUGUUUUACUCAUUAACGCGUGCGUGCGUGCGUAUGUGUGUGUGUGUGUGUGUGUGUGUGUGUGUGUGUAAGAAGGGUAGAGGACAAUCUGUGAGUCUGCAAGGAGCUGAUUCUUCUCUUCUUCCCCCGUGUGGGUCCCAGGGGUCAAAUUCGAUUUCUCAGGCUUAUAGUACCUGCUUGUACCUGCUGAAUGAUCUUGCUAACCCAAACUAUGAAGUUGAUGAUCUAAUACAUGAUGGUUUUAGUUGCUGAACAUAUAUGCAUGUUGUAUACCUACUUUAAUUUCUCAGGUAUUCAAAUUUAGAUUAGAGUUAUUGUCCAUAAAUUGUGAGCCCAGUUCUUUCCUAAACAAGGCUGAAUAUGGAUCUCUAUGAAUUUAUUUCCAAGCUGAUAAAAAGCACCAAGUUUUAGAAAAUGUGACUCUUGUCCUGGCUCUAUAUGUCUAAAGUUUGUCAGCAGCUAUCUUAACUUCAGAUAUAAUUUAGGAAAAUAACUUUAAAAAUACUGAAUUAAAAAACAAAACCUGAACUUCAAAGCUGAAUUUUAUUUCUUACCUCCAAAGAACAAGGAGCCUUUACUUCAUUACUGGUGCGGUGAGGGCCUUUUCUAAUGAGUGAUGACUAUAUCCUACAUGACUUCCCUUUGUAUUAACAUUCUGUGUAGAGUGUAGAUCAGAAUUCAUUUCAUAAACACAAGGGAAGCCUCACAGACUGCUGCUCAAAUGCUUCUUUUAGGUCCAACUCUUGGUGUUGUCACAAGAGCAUAGACUUGGGUGCUUAGUCUGAGACUCUUGUAAAGGGCUGACGGAUGAGGUACACUUGAGACCAGAUUGCUUUCAUUGUACAGGAACUACAUAAUUCAAAUGUGAGGUAGUCAUCUGGAUUUCUUCCCCAAGAUAUUUUGUAUCAUAAAAUUUAGAAGGAAAACUUGUUUUGGGUUAAUUUUUAUCCAAAUACUUUUAGUUAAUUGCAGAGUGUGAUAUUUACUCUUACAUCUAAUUAAACACAUAAAUAAAACUGAAUAGCAAAUAGUUUAUUGUUAAGUUCAUGGUUUCAAUUGCAGUAAUAAAUUCAUUUGAAUAGGAGACAAUAAUCAAAUAAAAAAGCAAAUGCUUGCUAAUCAUCAGAAAAUCUGUGGGCAUUUGGGCUGUCACGCAGAAAUCCAAAAUCACUGAAAGGCCAAAUCUGUAAAAUGAAAAUACAAUUGAAGACAAUUAAUGCAAAUUUUUUUUAUCAUCAUGAUGUUCCCCUUUCCUGUUCUCUGUGUUAGAUAAUGCAGUGCAUUCUCUUCAUCAGUUAUUCUGAAAAUAAAAUUGUUUAUUUAGUCUGGAUACCCAAAACUCUAUUUGUUUAGUCUAUCAAUAUAAAUUUGUUAAGACUUGCCAGUUUCCUUUUACCAACCUAAAAUGUUACGCUAUCAAUCUAUGGUACUUGAGACUUUAAGUGCUUGAAUAUUGGCAUCUGUUUAAGUAUAAAGAAUCCUGAUCAUUAUCCAAUUACCCUAGGUAUUCAUGAGUUUUUCUUCUUAUACCCUGUGAUAAAUGGAAAGCAAGCACCUGUAAUCCACAUCUCUGAUACUAGCAUUUGUGAGACCGACAGGAAGGUGGAAACCUGGACUACAGAGUAUGACCUUGUCUGAAAAUAAAAUUAUAUCAAUCAAUAAUGGAAGAACCAAUGAAGAUGACAAUGUCAUCUAAGGCCUGUACAUUCACUGCUGCCUUGUCCCUGCCUAUGGCUUGCUGUAUUUUUCCAAGUAGACUGAGUCGGGCUGCUGUUGGAGAGUGCUUGCUGAAAUGCUAGUGUAUAUGACCAUGGCUAUAAAAGCCACAUGACAGGAUUUGUUUUCUGUAAACUUGAUGUUUCCCCAGGCUACUACUUUAGUUUAAAUUUUGUUAUCAAAAAAGUCUCAGUUAUUUCCCUUAGGAGAAGGAAGGGGAGGGGAUAAUGUUUUGUCUGUAGCUCUUAAGUAAAGGUAAAAUGUUCAUUAAAUACAGUCACUGAAAUGGUUAAGUCAACCUGGCAGGCCAUGGAUUUCAAAGUUCAAUUUGAGAGACCUACCCCUAACUCAGAAAAUAAAUCUGGUGUUUUAGGCAUUAAACCAUACCUUAAAGAAGAUCCGUCCUCUUAUUAGUCCAUAUGGUAUAGGUCCAUAGUACCUGGAAUCUGUAGAGUUACGUAAAUUAUCACCUUCUAACCAAACAUGACCUGUUGGCACCUGGAAUUAGUAAAGAAAAGCAGGCCCUUUAGAAACAAACAAACAAACAAAAACCUCAACAGGGGACUAUCACUAAAAAUAUGUCCCUUAAACUCUGAACUGUGGUGCAUACCUCGAAUCCCAACUCAGGAGACUGAAGCAACGGGAUCAUGAACUUGAAGCUAGCCUGGGCUACACAGAAUCUAUGUGAAAGAAAAACUUUACUUGGAGAUAGAGCAUAUAUCCUAAAGUCUUCCUUAUACAGGUUGUAAAAAUCUUCUACUUUUACAUUCAUUUCUUAGUAAAUAUCAAAGGCUUCCACAUUUUAAAAAGAUCUCUUUAAUAUACAGGUCCCAAACAUUAAUUUGUAGAAACCUCGAACUUAGUUUGUAAGAAAUCAAAACUAUGGCAGUGCCAUUAAUUUAAUAGACUUCAAAAGAGGUCAUUAGGCUGCUGACUGAAAAUGUGCCCUCCUGUUGCAAUAACAGUAUAAGCAGGGCAGCCAGUCAGCAACAUCCUGGGGCCAGUUCCAAGGCCAGACCUAUUAGAAUGCUCAUGAUGAGCUAAGUGGUAAUGGAUUGUGACAUCAAUUACAAAUAAUCUCAUCAUUUUAUUGCAGUGGGCUUGUCAGAGUUCUAAUUAAGACCCUUGUCUUGCCUUUGUACAGGCUAUAUCGUCAUUGCCUUAUAUGUUGAUAAUGACCAUCAAGAACCAGAAGGACCUAUUAUAAAACCAUCAGUUGCAAAUUAAUGACAGUGACCUUCUAGUAGAUGAAAAGAUAAGUCCUGUGUAUUAACUGGUAAAAAGUUUUUUAGAAGGCGAUACUCUCCAAAAAUGCAGUCCUCCAAUGAGACACUAAUAUUCACCCACUAAUAUCCAUUCAAUAUAAACUUAGAAGGUGCUUUCUCACAGCAAUCUGUACACUGCCUUUUUUUGUUUUAUUUUACCAUUUUUUUGCUAUGUAAGAAAAGUUGAUUUAUUGACCAGACCAAAACAAUCUAUUGGGAAGAUUUCAUUAUUUUUAGUAGGGCUUAAUAAGAUAGUAUAAUUUUAGUUUUAUACCUUUUUGUAUAUUAUGAACAUUUAAAUUUUAAAUUAAUUCUCAUAAGGUUAUAUUUCUGGGAUAUCUUGAUUAGAGGAACUAGUUUCAGGUCCUAGAGCUGAUGACCUCUAUUACAACCUAUAUCGGAACCUGACUGCCAGGAAGCACAGUGUAAGAAAGCAAGUGUAUCUGAAGGCAGGCACGGUGAGCACUGCGUGCGGGAGAGCCUCGUGUCCCCUCCACACUCUGAGGAUUUACUUUUGGAGAAGAUGCAAGAUAAAGAGUGCUUGUGUUUAGAUUUCUGGUUUUUAAAAAUGUGUUUGCUUCUUGGUCCUAGAAAAUAGGUGCUAUGGAUGACUGAGUAUGGGACAGCAGUUAGGAGCAAGAACAAGGUGUUUUACAAAUAGGGUCCUAUGCUAACAGCCUUGAGAGAUCUCCACCUAGCUAAGGAGCGAUGGCAUUUACAAUCAACCUUGCUAUGGCAUUUGCCUGCCCAUGCCAAAUGCUGAGUGUUUAGAACACUUGUCACUACAUAUAAUGCGAGCCUUUGUGGGGGUUACUGGAUUAUAACAACAUCCAACUUUCAUGUCUUUUUGAGACAGGGUCUCAUGUAGCCUGGCGUUGAACUCCCAAAUUUCCCAUUUCCACCUUAAGUUCUGAGAUUACAGGCAUCAUGUCUGAUUUUAUGUGGUCCUGGGGAUUGAACUCAGGCCCUACUGCAUUGUAGGCAAGCACUCUAUGAACUGAGCUACCUCCCCAGCCUGUUUUGUGUAUCUCUUCUUACCGUUUUUAUGAAAAACUAAGCAAGUAGAUAUUAAUGCUAUGAUUUUAAUUUUUUGUGUUAUUUUUAUAUUGCCAUCAUCAUUGAAUGUUUGCCAAUCCAAUGUUAAGAAAUAGUACUUCUGUAUCUUUAUUUGUUUUUGACUUAGUUUUAAAAACUGAAUUUUACUUGUGUGUGUGUGCACACACAGGCCAAGUUGUGCCUAUGGAGGUUGCAGGACAACAUGAAAGAAUAAAUGCUUUUCUUUUUACCUUGGGGAUUACAAGACUUGAGCUUAGGUCAUUAGGUUAAUGCAUUUAUUCAAUGAGCUAUCUUUCCUCUGCAAAUUUGAGUACAGCCAAAUCUCUUUCCAUGUAUUUAAAAGACAAUGUAAGGGCUAGGAAUAUAGCUUAUUGGCAGAGUACUGUCUACGUAGCAUAUAUGAGAUCCUUCACUCAUUCCCCAGUAACCCAUCUCAAAAAAACAAAACAAAAACAUACCUACAAAAGCUACUUUGCUAUCAUUAAUGCUACUUUAUUGUCUUACUGGUGCUUCCCACUACAUGGUUUUGGUUUAACUGGCAGAAGAUUAUUCUCUACAUUUGUUUUCUUACUGUAUUCCAUUCAGGUCAGCAAUGUGUUGCACCUGUUUUGCCUGAAGUGGUCCUCAUGAUCCCAACUUUCCUAUCUCCAACUGAUUCUUACGUAAUAUACUAUAGACCCGUCUUUAUCAUAUGAGUGAGACAUGAUCCCUCACAUCCUAUAUUUCUUAUGUUACACAUGAUUAUAGAUUUAUACAUCAAAUAUUUACCUUUUAGCUUAUGCUGCUUCUUAUUUUCCUUUACUUUAUAAACAUGAGUUCAAAUUUGGAUUGCACCUCAACCAAAGUGUGGCCUAAAGUAUUUGCUGGAGCUGGAACACCUUACUCAGGAUGAUCAAAACAACCCUGAAAUUUUACCUUACACCCAUCAGAAUGGCUAAGAUCAAAAACUCAAGUGACAGCACGUGCUGGAGAGGUUGUGGAAAAAGGGGAACCCUCCUCCAUUGCUGGUGGGAAUGCAAACUUGUACAGCCACUUCGGAGAUCAAUCUGGCGCUUUCUCAGACAAUUAGGAAUACUGCUUCCUCAAGAUCCAUCUAUACCACUCCUAGGCAUAUAUCCAAAAGAUGCUCAAGUACACAACAAGGACAUUUGCUCAACCAUGUUUGUAGCAGCUUUAUUCAUAAUAGCCAGAACCUGGAAACAACCCAGAUGUCCUUCAACUGAGUUAUGGAUACAGAAAUUGUUGUACAUUUACACAAUGGAUUACCACUCAGCAAUUAAAAAGAAGGAAAUAAUGAAAUGUGUAGGCAAAUGGUGGGAUCUAGAAAAGACCAUCCUUCGUUUUGUUUCUUUUUAGCAAAAGGAAAUGAGAGUGAAACAGCAAGGGCACUUCAGUUGCAAAAGCAUUCCAUUUAAAGCAGAUAUUUUUAAAUAUCUGUUUUGAAUCUAAAGAAACAUGUUUAAUUCAUUGCCUGAAAAAAAAAAAAAACUCCACAUAAUGAAUGCACUCAUCAUUUAAUUUUAACAAUAUUAGCCAUAUAAUUUUUAUGUUACUGUCUUCAAAUAUCUACACCUUCAUGUAACUAAAGUAUAUUCUGCUGCUUAAUUUAUGACUUACACAUCGAACAUUCAGCCAUAUUAAGGCCUUAUAUACAAAACCAAAAUGAUUAUUAAUAAUGCUUUUCCAGCUGGGCAGGGUGGCACCUACCUCUUGGCACAUGGGAGAAUGGGGUCGGGGGAGCACAGGUUCUAAGCUAGCUCAGGUCCCAAAAUGAGUUUCAGGCCACCCUGAACUAUAGUAAGGUACUGUCUCAAAAAAUAAAAAGUAAACAAAACAAAACAAUACUUAAUGCAGUACCGGGCACGUUACAGUUAGGAGAACACAGCAAUAAGUACUAAAUACUGAGAUUUUUUUUUUUCCUUUUCGGAAAAAAGUUGACAAGACAGAUGCACACUAUAGAAAAUAUACAUGCAAAUGGGCUUCUCAGUGUAGGUGCUUAUUGAGAGUAUGGGGUGUGAGACAGCAUCUCGCUAGUCCUAGCUGGCCUGGAAUUAACUGUGUAUAUACCAGGCUGUAUAUAGGUGUAUUCUGAGAGAGAGUGUGUAUGUUUAGACUCCUGCAUUGCCUGUAUGUGUUUAUAUGCACUGCAUGUGUGCCUGGUGUACCUGCAGAGGUCAGAAGAGGGGGUGCUGGCUAUCCUGGACCUGCAGAGGUCAGAAGAGGGGGUGCUGGCUAUCCUGGAACUGCAGAGGUCAGAAGAGGAGGUACUAGCUAUUCUGGAACUGGACUUACAGAUGAUUGUGAACUAAACUGAACUCAGGUCUUCUGAAAGAGCAGCCAGUGCUCUCAACUGCUGAGCCAUUUCUACAACUAUUCUUGUCACUUCACCUUAUUCUUUCCAAAGCCCAAGCUCAUUGUAGCAUGAAUUUAUUGUUGUAGAUGAAUUUUGUCAUUCUUUUUAGGCUGCUAUUGUUUCCUGAAUAAGCAUAACUGUUACAUGAGAGGAUUUAGGUAAGAAACAAAUUUAUACUGAAAUGAAAGCAAAGGCUACCUGUAAGAAAAGAAAACCCAUUCUCUUAAAAGUGGAAAUGAUUAAAAGUCAGUAUGUAGGUCGGUUGUACGGACUUUACUUAUGCAUUGUUUACAAAUCAUUUUGCAUGCUUCUUUUUGAUAGACACUCCUACUUGUGUUUAUUUAUCAAAUCUUUCAAAUCAUUUACAAUGAAAGCUUUGUGAAUACAAAAUUGCAAAUUAUGGGACUAGAUGACAUUUGUUGUUGUGUCAGAGUUCUGUUACAGCAGCCCUUGCUAGCUCAAACUGAUAAUGUCCACCUCAGCUUCCCAAUUGCUGGCACGUGCCCAUUACAGGUGCAUGCCUCCACAACUAGCUCUGGUGCUAUUUUAAAAUUUUACAUGCAUAUUUUUAAUUAAUAUACCAUUUCCCUUUCCUCACCCACCCCCCUCCCAGGUCCCUCCUAAUCCCUUUUGAAUUGAUGGCCUCUUUAUUUUUGUUAAACAUAUACAGAUGCACAAUAUGUAAAUACAGCUUCCUGCAUUUUUGAUAUCUGUGUAUGUGAUUUUAGGGCUGACCACUCUGUACUGGGUAAUCAACCAGGGUGUCAUCCUUGAGCUAACUCUCCCUCAGAAGUCAGUAGUUGCCUGUAGUUAUUUUAGAAACUUGCUAUGAGUGUUUCCCCCUUCCAUGUUAGCAAGUUUAUUGACAUUGUCUCUGUCUAGGUUUCUUUUUUGUAACCAUUUCCAUGAGACAUAACCUCAUAGCAGAGUUCCUGGUCUUCUGCCUCCUAUACUGUUUCUACCUCCUCUUCUUCGAUGUUCCCUGAGCCUCAGGGAAAAGGAGUUGUGCUGUAGCUGCAUCUGGUGGGACUUGGCUUCCUAUGAUCCCUUGAUUUCUCUAUUGUAUAUGUUUUGCUGUAAUGUCUCCAUUUGCUGUAAAGAGAAGCUUCUUCAAUAAAGAGUGGUAGCUACA